AUGCACAAAUUCAUUGUCUGCUGCUUCCUUAUUGCUGCGGCGUUUGCGGCACCCACAGGUAGAUGAGCUCAUUGCGUUUUUAAUAUAAUACGCUUAUCUAGACCAUAGCUGAUGUUAUUCUUAGGUUUCAUUUUGUAGAAAGAGGAAUAAUAAUUUUUGAGGCAUUAUCCAAAUUAAAAAGCUUUGGCUCUUUACAAGUUGGCGUCUCCUAAGAUCAUGAAGCAAUUUAAGGGGUGAACGUACAAAAUAAAAAACCCACAUAACCGACUACCCAGUUUUACAUAGGUAAGAAUUAAAUCCAGAACAUUUCUCACUUUCUUUGUUAUUUACACAGUAUGCAUUUUAGUUGAAGAGAAAUAAUUAUUUUGCGUGUGAUUCGAGGCUAUACUAAAUUGCAGUCAAUAUUUAGACAAUUAUAAACAUGCGGAUGAAGUACACAUUUUUAUUAUUUUUUUUUCUUAGGCGAAAUUGGCACUGAACUGUCAGGUACGCAAACAUGAUUCCAACUUUCAUAAUUUCGUUUCUGCUGUUUGCAUUCCUACGAUGAGUCGCAUAAAGGAUGUCAGUUGAUGGACCUGCGUAUGGCUUGCAUCAUAAAUAUGUAUUUGUUGUUAUGCAAAGGAAAUGUAUAUGAUAAAAUGUCCUUGGCGGGGCAUGAGCCGGUCUAUAACUUGGGUGAACAUAAGAGGUCGGACCAGUUUUUAGGAAUUUGUGAACCAACAAAGUAACUGUAAACUUGCUGGGCUCGAAUUUACUUUUCUAUAUCACAAAAUGAAACUCCGGACCACGGACACUUGGCGAACUAUUUUCAAUUAAAACGCACAAUAACAAAUUUUAUCCUUAUUUCACGAAUAAUUUUUUGACUUUUGUCCGUUUUUGAGAGUUGUCCUUAUAACAUUGCAAGAAGAUGCAAUAAAUCUGCUGAUAAGAAAUUUACUUUUUCAGUUACUCACACGCCUAAAAAUGCGGGUAUGUAAAUACAAAAGUUCUUUCCGUUUCCGUGUUUGGAUGCCGACAUUUAUGCCUCAGUCUUACCUCAAACAUAAGAUUGCGGCAUCCGUCAAUUAAAACUAGAUCCGAAAUUUUAUUUGAGUGAAAAUAUGAACAUAGUAGCAUUGUAGUAAAUCGUAAGAGAAUUAGUAAAAAUAAGUUGCCUCAGGCUGGCCUGUUAUUUGCUUAACUUUCCGCGUUAAAGGUAACUUCGGACAAUUUACAUGGUUUUUACCCCUCAAACUAAAAUACAUCCAAAAAUUAAACAACUCACGAAGGUCUAACAUAAAGACAAAAGAAUAAUAUUGCUUAGCAAUAUUUUCGUCAAAACUGAACAUAUACGACAAGUUCCAGUAAACAUUGUUUUGCACGUUAAUAUUCGUAAAAAAGUUCACAUAAGGACAUAUGUUUGCCGUUAAUGGCAAUUUUUAGUAAACCUUAUGUAGAAGUUUAUUCUAAUGCCAUAUUUACAAGUGAAAUUUUAUGUUCGCGUGGACCAACGAGCCUACUUUAGCCCAAACCCAUCCACAAAGAGCGUUGAUGGAACAUAAAUCCUUCGGCAAAAUGUCUCUAAAAAGAGUAAUGACUAAGUUUGGGAGCAUAACUUUCGUUGAUUUGCUUCGUCGAUCUUGAUGACUGAGGGAGUCAUCCCUAUUGUCUUAACUCCCAGGAUACGAAUUCCAGUUAAAAUACAUUUAUACAUACCAAUUAUCCCUAUUAUCGAAAAGUUGUUUGUUAGGCUCUGUUUGCGAAGCAUAUGCGAUUCAUCAGGUCAAAAAACACAACUUACCCGCACAGGCAAUUUAUUUUGAACAGCAAAAGCUUGCCAAACGAAAUUUCAUUCUGGUUUUAUUACCAAUGUCCGCAAACAAAAAUGUCAUUCUCUUUUCCAUCGCCUAUUAAGCGUUUCAAAAUUUGCUUGAACACAAUGUUCGAAAGUAGUGUGGUUUUGCUCGAAACAAAGUUUUAAUAUGUCUCAAUCUUUGACAAACAUCUUUGACGAACACUCAAGCAAUCGAUUAAACCAAAGUUGGAGAAACUCAAUACACCUAGUCUGUUUGCCAUUGACCUUACGUGAAUCACCUAGUGGCAAAACAAUAUCCUUCGCUCGCUCCCCAUCUUACAGCCCAUGCACGGAUUGCGUUUUAGGUUAAAGUGAAAUUUCCUGAGGGUUUUUAUAAACGCAGAGUUAUUGAAGGGUUUCAGCGUUCUGCAUUCUUCAGCAAUAAUGCAAUAAAUCAGGCAUAGUUUUAUAGGGCUUAAUUCUACACUCGUCAAUUAAAUACAAACAAUGAUCCGUUCUCAUGGAUGCGUCGAUUUUGGAAGAUAUAACGUGUUUUGGACUAUGGCUUAAGAAACCCUUGAUUCAGUGCCAUAUUAUUUUGCCAAAAUUGGUAAGAAAAUGUUCAGUAGAAACAGGUUAAAAACGUUUCCCUUGAAUUUGAUAAGAUUGCUGGUAAUAAUAUAUUAAAAAUAAUUGCAAAAUUGUAGGCGAAAAAUUCGUGGGUCUGCUGAAAGGUGGGUCUGUAAAAAAAUAUUAAGUAACAUCUCCUUCACAUUCUUAUAAAACUGCUCGUGUAAAUCAAGUAAUACAUAUUAACAAAAUCCAAAUUUUUCCACAUGCAUCAGAGCUCGGGGUGUACCUACGUAAGUGGCUUCAAAAAGCUUAACUUCGACAAUGUCAUGUCAUGGUUGUGAACUUGUCCAUGUGCAUAUCUGUUAGAUCCAUGCUCUGUGGCAAACCGAAUUGCAAAAUUUGACCUUUUGUGGAUGGAAUUCGCUGGACUCUGAACGUAACCUGUCCUCUCAACCCAAAUGAAUAACUACCUACAACACCAUGCCAACCCUUCAACUAAGCAUGCCUCUUAAGCAUUUUGAGCCCGGGCUGUUUGCCUAUUUUGUAUUUCGUUUGCUCUCAUAUAUAUUUGUCUCGGGUCUAACUUUGCGCUUUUUCAUGUCAUCGAAGUUGGUCGCGCAAAGGAAUUCGGAAUAGGUAAUAAUCAUAACGCUUAUACAGUGGCGUAUCCAAAUGAAUGCAUGCCUCCUUCAAAUUGCAAUAUAACAUAAAACUUGGCUAUUUUCCUUAGGCAAAUUGAAGACCAUUGGUAAGUAAAACAGAGAGUAGACAUAGUAUUCAAAGUUGACUGACAUAACUGGCGUGCAAGGAGUUCCAGAUCGAACUCCGUAGCAUCUAAAAGACUGUUGUAAGAAAGUCUAGAAAGUGAAAUUGUUUAUUAUACAUGGCAGUGCCUGUUAUAAUUAAAAAUAUUGCUAACUUUAUAAUUAUAUUUUUGUCUUAAUUACCAGUAGUGGACACGAUUUUUGUUGUCUUAACCGUAUUUGUGUGAGCAGUGUCCAUAAAAGAGAAUUUUCUUACAAGGAGGCAUGUGUUCAAAAGAGAGCCUUUUAGUAGAAACAUUUACUUUUUUGACAAGUGAAUUCCAACCGAAGAAUCAGAAUAUCCUGAAAAAUUACAUAAAAGUACCUUCUCCCACGUAGGACAUGAAGUUAGCAUUAAAGUUUUGUUUCUGUCUCAAAAAUAAAUAAUAUCUAUAAAAUGUUGGUGUGGUUGUGUUUUGCAAUACGGUUACUUAAGAGGAACAUAACCAAACAAAUAAAAAGAGCAGCGCAAGAUAAGGGGGCCUAUUGAUUUAAACAAAUUAUUGUAGUAAUUUUUAGACGUAAUAACUGCCUACAGCUUAAUUAUCUUAUCAAACGUUCAUCGGCAAUAGCAGCCUCUCUGCAAAACACAUGCAGUAAGAGCCGUGCCGUCCACUCAAAUUUCAGUUUUUGAAGUUUCAAAGCAUCUUCUUACCUUAUCGCUUACAAUUAAAACACAUGUUUUGACCAAGAAAGCCAUAUUUUCUUAAGACCAUUGGCAACGCCUAAAGAUUGAUAAUUGAUUUUGAACAAUAAAUUUUGUAUGUAUGGAAAUACGAAAUAAAGUAAUUGCCUGGAAGUGACAGGAGGAUAAGUCUAUAUUUAUGGUGUAUUCCGAAAUGCUUCCUGUCAAUCAGUUUAUCAUUCCAUGAAAAGGGCCCAUUUGUCCAUCGAAAACAUAUUUCGUUCAUACAAUAUCCCCUACAUUCUCAUUUUCAUAUUAUGUGAUCAGUGAUCCUGGCUGCGCGUCUCCCAUUUUUUUCUGUUAGGAUUGUCAUGCAAUUCUUAAGCCAUGGUCGAUGACCGGUGAGGACACAUGCUGCUUAAAAAUAGGACAACAUUUCGAUCGAGCAGGUCCAGAGGCAAGGCAUGCGCUCGCUGCAAUGGGAUGUUUGUUGGCCUGACGCCUCAGACGCUCACUCAAACCCAUUAUUUGAAACUACUUUUCAUGAUGGAAUCAAGUGAGAAUCUGAAUCGUUAGGCCAAUAAACCUUCAGCUUCAGAGAUCGAACCUUCCUCUUUUAAAGAUACACUUUAUUUUUUGUGGUGAAAAACGUCUUAACUGUGGACUCAUUCCAUUUUCUUCUCAAAAGAGUUUUGGCGCAAAUAUUAUCUAUAAGUUAAAUUGUGCCAUCCACUUGAAGUCCCACUGUAAUGAUUUGGCCGCUGAUUUUUCUUUAGUUAUGUCAGUUUGCAUGUUAGUUUAUGCGUCGACGCCUUUUGGGUAGAAAGUUGUUAUUAAGGUUUUUUUAUUAAAAAAUAAUUAUUUUCCAGAAUGAAUGCAUGCCUAUAUGCCUUUAGUUAAAUGGUCAUAAACCGACGAGAAAUCGUUUGCGCUAUUAUUUGCAGAACUGAUAAUGGGGGAUAAAAUCCAAAAAUAGCGUAGGCUGAUAUGCAGGAACGGUCCAGCGUCUGCGAAGGUUUCCUGAUCUUGAAAGCGUAGGCUGCACUUAAAGACCGCAAGUGUUACCGGCAGACCAUCCGGUGGCAUGAGCAUAAAUAGUCGAGAUAAUCAGAGAGUUGAUUGCGAAAGUAAAGCUUUUUAUAGUGGAGAACUCUGCGUGGGCAAGUAACUGGUGGUUAGGCAUCUAUAUAGAUAUAUGGACUGACAUUGAUUUUUAUGCCACAGAUGGUUGAACAAUUUAUAUUGCCAAACAGGUUAAUGCCGGUGGUAUCUUUUGCUUCAAUCAUAGAGCUAGCCUUAUAUAAUUUUAAAUUAGUAGACAUUCAUAACAGGGCUUAAGGUAGUUAAAUACUAAUGUUAUCCUGGUCAAAAUGGGGCACAUUUGUCUUAACGAAAAAAUACCAGUAAGUAGCGAGGAGACAUCUUAACAAACGCUAGCGGCAACGUACCAUGAUAGAGGGUCAGUGAAGUCCCAUCCACGGCAGUUCUCGGAGGAUUUGGUUCCAAAAACAGACGAGGAUCGUCAUUCCAUUGGAAAAAAGAAGAAGGUUAAACAACUGUACCUUCAGCAUAAGUGUAUGACCGUUUUUUCCUUAUGUAGUCCUUGCAAGUGGUCUUAUUUUUUUAAGGCUGCUUUCAGUUUCGACUGGAAGCCUAACGGAGUUAAAGCACAGAAAACGCAUAUGCUGUCAAACAUGGUGCUCUAUUUUUGUAGCUCCAGCGUUACUCACGCUGAUAACAGGUGAGACACCAUCCAGUUAUUUUAAUAUUUUGGCUAGCAUAGGAACACAAUGUUCCUAGUAUUUAUUAAGGUUUCUGCUGUUUUUAAGGCCACGAAAGGACCUUAUUUUUGCAAUUGUUUACCAACAAACAAGUCUAGUAUUUGUUAAUGUUUUCGUGCUUCAGAACGGAAUUGGGGUAUGAAAAAAAUGCAAAUUAUUUGGACACAUUGUUUUUUUGUAUUCUGAAAAACAUAUGUUGAUAAUUUUGUACUUGUUUAAAACGCAUAUUAAUGGUUUCGAUAUAACUGAUGCCUGUUAGUUAGUACAUGGGUUUCAAACUUCCAUAAAGUUUGCCACGCAGCUCUACCAGUGUUUUAAACAGAGUGACAUUAUAUAGCUAUGUGUUCAUGUGAGCAAUGUCAACGGCAUCACUUAUCUAGUUAUUCAAUUCUAAUUUUAGAACUCUUUGUUCUCGAAUUUUUCGAAGGUAAAAUUUAAAAACCGAGCUUAUUUAUGUUCACGUGUUAGCACGCUGAGCAGAAGAGACCAGCGAUUCUGACAAUGACAAAAUAAUUUGGGAUUUUAGGAAACGCACAGGAUCUGAGUAAGAGAAUUUGACUAUUUGUGAAUGAAACCCAUCAAAAAUGUCUGGUUAAGUAGACAUAAAAAAUUAAGUUAAAAUCUGAAUUAUAAAUAAUUUUAAUCUGGCCUUCAUAAAAGGUCAAAGUUGAAUUUUUAGCAAUGAAACGCCGUAAUGGUUUAGAUAAUUAUGCCUUCGGGUAAUAAGGUAGACGUUCUUGCAUAAUUGCUUUUUCGUUUCUAGUGCGCAAUUUUCUUGACCUCGUGCAAAGUGAGUUCAUAUUAACUGUGUUCACACAGAAGAUAUCCGUAUCCUACCGUACAAUAUUUCAUGCUAUUACCAUUUUGAUAACUUUGAUUAUACUUUAUGAAAUGAAGAAAAAGAUGGGGAAUCAAGUGAGUAUACCAAAUGUCUUAAAGACUGAAUGCGAAUCGUGUUUUUUAAACGUUUUUCAUGCCACAAAUGUUGAUCUACCAAAGUCAUAAAGAAACAUGUUUUGACAUCUGUGUGGGAAUUACUUUUAAUACCUUAAAGCUGUUAUGGGCCAGUUACGAACUAAAAAAUGUCAACCUAGUAGAAUGAUAACCUUUUUAUCUUUUUGGCAUUCAAAACUCUCCUGCAUACUUGCGCAUCUGUGAGCCUUUUUGACAAACUUCAAAUCUUGUCUUUUAGAUGAGGACAUUCUAAACUUCUUCAAAGGUGAUAACUGGCCUCUUGUCUUUAAGAUCUGUUGGAGAGCUAAAUGAUAACCUGAUUGACCAAAGUUUCUUGAAUUUUAGGAAAUACAACCGACAUACGUAUGCCCUGGCCUUGUUGAUACUGUUUUUUUGUGGGGAUUUAUUAAUGCAGAUAUUUAAUGUGUUCUUGUAUUUGUGCCAGUUGCUGAAGUUCUCAAAGUCCUCGGCGGUAAAUACCCAUCCAUAAUUUUUGUUAGCAUGUGUUUUGAAUUAUAUAGAAAAAUUGUACUCCUAAGGACAUCGAAGUAAUCUUGCGUCACUGUUUCAGGUCAGGGCAAGGACCUAGGUGAGCCUUACCAAUUGCACGAGGAAGGAUAUUGAAAUACUUAGUUAAAUCUACUGUUUCUUGCGCAUCAAUAUAUAAAAUACUUAGUCUUAUGCAUUAACGCUGUAUAUUUUUCAGUAUCGGUUUUGACAAGUGUAAUGGAGGGUAUGUACAAAGCGUCAUUUCCUCUCCGCUAACGUACAUUUAACGUGACAAACGGACAAAUAAAAUGUUUUGCUUUUAGCCGUCACUACAAGGCUGCGUAAGUAAAACAUGUUCUUCUAUAACAUAGGAAGCUUACGUAGUUUUCUAUACUUCUUUUACGUAACUUCGAAGAAGUGCCGCCAUGCAGAAGGGAAUGAUGGAACAUUUGUACCUUCUAUUACAGUAAAAGAACUUGUCGAACAAAUAACAGGUACUUUCGGAGACUUCCAUCAGUCAUAUUGAUUUAUUUAGCUUGUAGAAGUGACAGAAUUUUGUCUUUAAUAACUUUACUGUGUUUCAGAGCAAGAGGCAGCGUCCUUAGCCCGUACGUACUGAAACAUGUUCGAUACCUUCUUAUGAUUGUUCUUUGUAAGCAGUUAAAAUGCAAAUUAGACGUUCCUUGAAUUUUGUUUUUCAGGUUUGUUAAGCGGCUUAGGUACGUUUGCUAAAGCAAUAUAAUAUCAUAAUGGUCGCAAUAUCUGUCCACAAAAAAUUUUGGCUUAUACCCCGUAAUGACAGUUUUCGCCAACGUGACACUAUUUAACUUGAUAGACACUCUUUGGUAUACUCGUGCAUCGUUACAUAAUUUGGGGAGUAAUGCAAAUCACACUAGAUAAACCGCCUUUUCGUAUAUAUGACAACAUGCUCACUGAACAGGCUGCUAUAUGCGGACGCAAAAUAAUUACAUACAGUUUGCUUGGGUUAUAUGUGUUUCAAUUGGCAAAAUUGUAAGACCUACGAUUAUGGAAGAGGUUAAUUUGUAUUUUUCCUUACAUCUCACCAAAGUCGUUCAUUCUAAAUUUAGUCAAGGCAAUUGAGACAAUAGUGACAAGUGAGUUAAAAUGUCUCAAAUAAACUUUACCCAAGUGAUGCUACAUUUCAUUAUUCACGCCAGUCGGUUUCUGCGGUUUUCAAAAAAAAUCAUGACGCCUUGUUUUUCGUCUCUUUAAGGAAAAAUGUCGCUAGGCAAGUAAAAGAUAAUGUUAUUGCCCUUCUAUCUUUGUAUCAAAUAAGGUGGUAAGAAUAUUUUGAUGCUUUUAGAAAUCCUUCAGCGAGAGUUUUAACAGUAUGCAUAACUAAUUAUCAUUCGGUAAAAUUUUUACCGAAUUUCAGCUGAAGUGGCCAUAGACUUCUUGGCAGGUGAGUUUCAUUCCUUUCAUUGACGUCUUGUGUUUUUGCAACUUCUGAACACAAUAUACUUUCUUAGAUGACGGAGUAAAUGUCGGUAAGUUUGUAAGACUGGUUAUUAUCUGUCCCAGAAAAUACUUCUUGAAUUCAACGAAAAACUCUCCGGUAACGGUUUUCUGAGGACAGUUGCAUUUUUUUAGGGAAAACAUUCCUAAAGCGACUACUGGGUUAGUUCAGAGACGUUGGAAAUUUGUGUAUACAUAUCAUUAUCCCUUGAUAUAGUGAAUACAAAUACUAUUUGAUACUAAUACAAUGCACUAAAGCCAAAAUCUCUUUAUUAGCCAAACCUCAGCCGUAAGUUUCAUUAGACUGUUUGACUUGCACAUGCAAAGAGCUAUAAUGUUUAUUUAUUUUUUUGGUUUUCUUGUAGAUAGGAUAGAGAUUGUUUUAACACCGUUAGUUAUGGAAUUUAGGGUUAAAAGUAUUGCUGACGGCAGUGGCUUAUAAAAAUCUAACAUUUUACUUAAACAGUCAUGAUUAUCUAGAUCAGACUAUCGUAACUCGUCCUUGUUGUUUUACUUAUUUUCCCCAUUGCACAUUUUACCUUGAAAACUUGUACAAUAUUUGAACAUUCAGUCUACUAUACUAGUUAAUUUGCGGAUCUGUUCAUUUAAGUAUUCUUCUCGAAGUCUUUAAUUUGUAUAAUACAAAAUAUAAGGUAACUUAAUAAGUCAAUAUAUUCCAACUGAAGGGGCAAACAACUUUAAAACUAACGUAAAUUUUGAUGUGAAUGAACAAAAAUUUUGCAUGGAAAAUUGCACUAAAUUCGAGGAUGACGCAUGGCAAUCUGCUUUAUUUUUAUGGCCACUGACGGAAACAAUGACAGUGUCAGGACCUGA